AUGACUACGUUUUACUGGAAGCUAACUGCGUUUUUUUGUUUUGUUUUAGUACAAAGACAGACAGCAGACCACCCUUGUCAGUGGUGCCAAAUAGCUUUUAGUAAUGAAGACUAUCUAAACAAGCACCUGCAGUCAAAGCACUAUGUACCUGUGAGAGAGUCGGGAAUAGAACAGCGGCCCUGUAUAGAGAAUCACGCCUCGUCUGCUCUUCCAGAAGAAUCAGCAGACAAUCCCUCUGCACUACGGAACAUUUCAAGGAAGGAAAACCAUAAGAGACAUAAAGUCUAUAAACACAAAUUAGCCACAUAUAACUUAAGGUCACGUAGAGAUGGUUUAGCACAAAGGCCACAAUACAAACCUACUAAGAGGUUUUCUGGAGAUAGUUCAGGUCACACAGAAGAAGUUACCAGACGAGGGCUACGGGUACGGCCUGCAACGGGGGGGACGCAGCUAUGCAAAAAGUGCGGGAAGAACUUCAGUGUCCCAGCAAGUCUUAAGAGACCUCAGGUGUUGGUCUCAGAGGAGAGGACUUCUCUGUGUAAGGAAUGUGAUAAGUACUUUGUAGGGGAUGUAAAGACACACAAUGGGGCUCAAGCAGAGGAGAAAUCAUUCCAACGUGUAGAGUACAGAAAGGAAUUUUCACCAUUAAUACGCAAAAAAACACAUCAAAUAACUGAUUUAGAGGAGAGGCCAUAUAAAUGUAAGGUGUGCGGGAAGAGCUUCUCCCAUAUAGGACAUCUGAAUAGUCACCACAGGACUCACAUAGAGGAGAGGCCAUAUAAAUGUAAAAAGUGCGGGAAGAGCUUCUCCCAAUUAGGACAUCUGAAUAGUCACCACAGGACUCACAUAGAGGAGAGGCCAUAUAAAUGUAAAAAGUGUGGAAAGAGCUUCUCUACUUUAGCAAAUCUGACGACACAUCACCUGACUCACCCAGAGGAGAGGCCAUAUAUAUGUACAAAGUGUGGGAAAAGCUUCUCCCGGGUCGGGAAUCUGAAUAUUCAUGACAGGACUCACACAGGGGAGAGGCCUUAUACAUGUAAGGAGUGCGGGAAGAGUUUCUCUCAAGCAGGGCACCUAAAAAUACAUCAGAGUAUUCACACAAGAGACAAACCAUAUAAAUGUAAAAAGUGCGGGAAAAGUUUCUCCCGGGUCGGGAAUCUGAAUAUUCAUAACAGGACUCACACAGGGGAGAGGCCUUAUACGUGUAAAGAGUGCAGGAAGAGUUUCUCUCAAGUAGGGCACCUAAAAAUACAUCAGAGUAUUCACACAAGAGACAAACCAUAUAAAUGUAAAAAGUGCGGGAAAAGCUUCUCCCUGGCAGGGAAUCUGAAAAUUCAUGACAGGACUCACACAGGGGAGAGGCCUUAUACAUGUAAGGAGUGCGGAAAGAGUUUUUCUCAAGUAGGGCACCUAAAAAGACAUCUGAGUACUCACACAGGUGACAAACCAUAUCAAUGUAAAAAGUGCGGGAAAAGCUUCUCUCAAGUACAAAAUCUGAAAAUUCAUGACAGAACUCACACAGGGAAGAAGCCCUAUAAAUGUAAAAAGUGCGGAAAAAGCUUCUCUCAAUUAGGGAAACUGAGUAUUCAUGACAGGACUCACACAGGGGAGAGGCCUUAUACGUGUAAGGAGUGCGGGAAGAGUUUCACUCAAGCAGGGCACCUAAAAAUACAUCAGAGUACUCACACAAGAGACAAACCAUAUAAAUGUAAAAAGUGUGGGAAAAGCUUCUCCUGGGUAGGGAAUCUGAAUAUUCAUGACAGGACUCACACAGGGAACAAGUCCUAUAAAUGUAAAAAGUGCGAGAAAAGCUUCUCUCAAGUGGGGAAACUGAUGAUGCAUGACAGGACUCACACAGGGGAGAGGCCUUAUACAUGUAACAAGUGCGGGAAUAGCUUCUCUCAACUAGGGCACCUAAAAAGACAUCAGAGUAUUCACACAGGAGAGAGACCAUAUAAAUAUAAGGAGCGCAGUAAGAGCGUCUCGCAAGUAGGGAGUCAGAACAUUCAUCGCAGGACUCACACAGGGGAGAGGCCCUACAAAUGUAAAAAGUGUGGGAAAAGUUUCUCCCGAGUAAGGGAUCUAAAUAUUCAUGACAGGACUCACACAGGGGAGAGGCCUUAUACAUGUAAGGAGUGUGGGAAGAGCUUCUCUCAAGUAUGGAAUCUAAAAAGGCAUCAGAGUACUCACACAGGGAAGGCGCCAUAUAAAUCUAAGGAGUGCGGAAAUAGCUUUUCACAAUUCGGGCACCUCAAGCUACAUCAGCAGACUCACAUGGAGGACAAAGCCUAUACAUGUAAGGAGUGCGGGAAGAGCUACUCUCAUUUAUGUCACCUAAAGAGACAUCAAAACACGCACACAGGGAAGAGGGCUAAGUGUAAAAACGUGGGAAGAGCUUCUUAAGAGACAUCAUAAUAUUCACUAGAGCUGCAUGAUCAAUUUCCCCCUCGUGAUCUUAACAAAGCAUUUUCCCGAUUCUGUGCAGAGUUCUUUGCUCAAGCCGUCAGUUGUCGAAAAAACAAAACAAAACAAACAGGCAGUCUGCCAAGUUUCACAACAUUCCUCAGCCGCUGAGCUAACUAUAAACAUUGUAACCUUUUGUUUUUUCGAUGAAUGGGACGAACUUCUGUCUGUAAAGGAGGGCAGUUUAACCGCUUAAAGACUAAAGCUUUUUCUGACACUUGGU